GGUUUAAACGGCAUGGAAUUAAGCCCGGCUGUCUGUUUUAGGAAGAUUCUUGCGAAUGUAUUCACUCUAGAACUACUGUGGUGCGUCCUGGCUCCAGGCAUUGGUAUUGGAGUGUACUUUCUUACGUACUGGAACUGGAAUACUCUCCCUAGUGGAGUUAAUCUGGCUGAUGAACAAAAAUCCUCUGAUGAACGGUUUGUUGCGGAGCGAGCCCUUUAUGAUCUGGACACUCUAACCAGCCGUGGACCACGUGUUGCUGGAAGUGAAACCAACGAACGUUUUGCGGUAGAUUUCCUAUACGAUGCUGUAGAAACUAUUGCCCGUCAAGCGGCUCCAGAGUAUGAAGUUUCGUGCGAAAUACAGCGAGUCAGUGGGAGCUACUUCCUGGACUACGAUGACUAUCCUAUCACCAGCUACUACCGUAACGUACAGAAUGUCGUCGUUUCCGUUGUGCGGCGCAGUGGCUCGUUCAGUGGCAAGUACCUACUGCUGAAUGCGCACUUUGACAGUGCCGUCACGAGUCCGGGAGCCGGUGACGACGGUACGAUGGUUGUUGUGAUGUUGGAACUGAUGCGCCAGAUAACACAGAACGCCAAACCGCCAAUGCAGCAUGGUGUGUUGUUCCUGUUUAAUGGAUGCGAGGAGAACACUAUGCAGGGUGCGCAUGGUUUCGUUAGAGGACACCCAUUAGCGCAAUCGGUUGCAGCCUUCAUCAAUCUGGAUGUGGCUGCCAACAGUGGACGUGAGAUCAUGUUCCAAUCCGGUCCGAACUAUCCAUUCCUGAUGGCCUACUAUGGCGAUUACGUUCGCCGUCCUUACGCAAACACGCUGGGCGAAGAAGUGUUCCAGAUGGGUCUGGUACCGUCCUUCACCGAUUACGAAACCCUUUCGAAGCAGGGCGGAUGGCCUGGGCUAGAUUUUGCCUUGUCCUCCUACGGAUAUCUCUACCACACAGCGCUGGAUGCCCGGGAAACUAUAUCCGCCGGAACUUUGCAGCACAUCGGCGACAAUCUGUUGGGGAUUGUGCGUGCCCUCGGCAAUGCUGAAGAGCUCGGCAACAUACGGGAGCAUCGUGACGGGACGGCCGUAUUUUUCGACUUUAUGCAUCUAUUUUUAGUGUACUACACCGAAACGACCGGACUGAUUAUCAACAUCCUGCUGGGCGUAUUCUCGCUGGCGCUCGUUGUUGGGACACUUUUCAUGUUCGUGCGUAAGGAUGGCGCAGUGGGCACUAAUGUGCACUUCGAGGCCGGUAUGGCGCUUACCGUGCAGACACUGUCCAUCGUACUGGGAGCUGGAUGUUCGGUGCUGGUAGCCGUUAUCUUCGAUGCAUGCGGUCGAUCGAUGAGCUGGUUUUCAUCCACCUGGUUGCUGUUCGGGUUGUACUUCGCUCCGUGCAUCGCUGGUCUCACCUUUGGGCCAUUUCUAUACGUUCAUUUUCGAAAAAUUCCUUUCCUGCACGAUCAAGGUCGCGUUAUACUGUUCCUUCAUGCGCAACACUGCAUCUACGCGGUUCUGCUGAUAACGCUUUCGAUCGGUGGUAUUCGAUCUGCAUUUGUACUUCUCUUUCCAAUCAUAUUUUACAGCGCCACGACGAUCAUCAAUAUGAUCUUAAGAUUCCGGUUAAACGUCUGGAUCUAUGUACAUCUCGUCGGUCAGUUGAUACCGAUCGUAUACUUUUGCUCUCUGGCAGUGACAUUGUUUGCCGUGUUCGUUCCAAUGACCGGCCGUAGUGACAAUCGCUCUAAUCCGGAUCUUCAAAUGGCCCUAUUUUCUGCCCUUUUGACGCUGCUGCUAGUAGGCUUAUUAACACCGUUCAUAGUGCUGUUCCGGCGGAAGCUGUAUGUGUUCGGUACACUGCUGUUGUUUUUCCUUGUCACGGCUAUUGUGGCGGCCACACCGGAAGGCUUCCCGUUCCGGGAGAACACUUCACCUCAGAGAUAUUAUAUAUUCCAUCAGCAGCGCAAUUUCUAUUGGCCAAACGGUACACUACGCGACUCGGGUGCGAUCUACUACCUUCAUCCACAAGAUCGCCAUACACCGGAAUUGCUGCAGUCGGAUGUUCCGGAAUGGUCUAAAGCCACAGAACUUGGGGAUGAGUGCGAACGUGAGCUUUACUGUGGUAUUCCAUUCUACAUCAAUCGUUACCAUCGACAAACCGAAUCAAGCUACUGGUUACCGGCAUUAGAACCACCAGUCUUUCCCGAACCGGUUCAGUUUCGUUUUGUUUCGCGUGAGUCACCAACUCCAGAAAGACAGAGAUUGUACUUCAGCGUACAAGGUCCAAGCCAUAUGAGUUUGUACGUAUCUCCGCUGGUCGGGCGAAAGCUCGUAGGAUGGAGUUUUAGCGACCAAAUUCCCCCGAGCGGAAAACGAUGGCGAGACCAAGAUGUCUACUUCGUGAACUUUUUCUCCGGUUCGUUAGACUUAAGUCCCUUUACGUUUUACGUCGAGAUUGAAAAGCAACCGUCGAACCAAGAGACAGAUGGCUCCCUGUUUUAUCUCUCAGUUGUCGCUCAGUAUAUGCAUCACGAUAACGUGUACCGUACUCGUGAAUUUCAAUCUUUGCUGGAUAAAAUGCCCAAAUACGCGCACACAGUCGCGUACCCAGGCUAUCUAGAGAGUUGGAUUUUCUAGCGAAAAAUAAAGCAAUUAAUAGCUCUAGCGAAGAAGAUAUUUAUUUCGAAUGAUCAGCCGGUU